AUGUCCCUGCCUGGGGGGCAUCGAUCAGGGAGCUGGGGCCUGGCCUUGCUGGGGACUCAGUUUCCAAAGAGUGUCUCUCAUGAGAUGGGAGGCCUCGGGUUAGUGGUGGUGGUUCCCACAGCAGCUCGCCACCUGAGGGCGGGACGGAGAAAGCGUUGCCUUUGUGUGCUGAGUCGUCUUUCCUGGAAGACCCUUGUGGGCAGGAACCCUGUGCGUGCUGUCUCUUGUCCUCCUUGGGGUGGGGAGGGAAUGUUGGUCUCCGAGGUUGUAAGCAGUCCACCCUCCCUGGCUGCGGCUCCCACGACAUGGUCCUCACUGGUUGGUUUGUUCUUCUCCCCGCAGCUUGUUCUCAGAACACCAACAAGACCUGUGAAGAGUGCCUGAAAAACGUCUCUUGUCUUUGGUGUAACACUAAUAAGGCAUGCUUGGACUACCCAGUGACAAAGAUCCUGCCUCCUGGUUCUCUUUGUAAGCUGAGUUCUGCACGCUGGGGUGUUUGCUGGGUGAACUUCGAGGCGUUGAUUAUCACCAUGUCGGUGUUGGGGGGAGCCGUCCUCCUUGGCGUCGCUGUCUGCUGCUGCUGCUGCUGCCGGAGGAAGAAGAGCCGGAAGCCCGACAAAAGUGAGGAGAAGGCCAUGAGGGAGCGAGAGGAGAGGAGGAUACGGCAGGAGGAAAGGAGAGCAGAGAUGAAGUCAAGACAUGAUGAAAUCAGAAAAAAAUAUGGUUUGUUUAAAGAAGAAAACCCAUACGCCAGAUUUGAGAACAACUAGAGCGCACUUCGCGGCACCCCGAGCGCUCCGAAGCCGCGGCUCGGGGCGGUGGGCCUGGCGGAAGCAGCCCAAAGCAGCGUCCUGCUCAGUCUCUCGGCCCCUGAGCUUCUGCCCCUGUCCUCUCUGGUUCUCGAUUUAGUCACUGAGACACGGAGCCUGUCGGGGUUUCGGUUUUUGUUUCUGUUUUUAAUUUGAGGAGGAAACGUGCACAUUCCGCUACCCUGCUCCGGUGGUGAGCUAGCGACAGCCUGACAGUGCCGGUGCCCGGCCGGCCCCUUCUCCGUCCUCCUGUUGCAGUCGCGGAAGCCUGCCUUCCUCUCAGCCCGCCGCAUGCUUCACCAGCAGUGACGGAAGGUCGUCUUUACUUUUGUCAGAGCACGGACCAGCCCCUCGUCACCUCCCGUAAAACCACGGGCAGCCUCUGUGCAUAGCCUCCCGCGAGUUAGUUCAGCCAGCCCCGUCGAGCACGUGUCCAGACGGUCUGAGCAGGUUUCCUUCCUGACCUUGGGUGCACCGAGUAGCACUGUAGAGUAGUUAAAGUCACCUUAAAUCUUUUUUUUCCUUGUAAUAAUUCUUUGACUUUAUUCCCCCACCUAAAAGAUUUCACCAAAAAGCUUUACUGUCAAAUUUCAGACCACUUGCUGGAUGAUUUUUUAAUUAGUAUGUUUAUUAGAAUGUCAAUAUUUUUUCCCAGCGGAAACUUGAAUGAUAGAUGAAGUUUUACAGCAGCGUCCCUCAGGCGUGGUUGGUGGCAGCGUGUGCCGGCGGUGGGCUGGGGAGGCUGUGACUACCCUGCUCGUUCUGCUCAGCCCCUUUGACAGUCGCUGUUGGGGCCCAGAUUGGAGUGCUCUCCUGAGUCUGAGACUCUCCCUGCCUGUCAGGCUGUCUGCUAGGUGGUCAUUUAGGAGUUGAGAGUGACCACAGGUCUGCCCUCAGGAAGCAGAAGGGACCGUGUGCUGGCCAGCGUCCCUGCGGGGCUCCGCACUCAGGAGGCUGAAGGGGUUUCCCCACGCCACACGGAGCCCCGGCGGUCCUGCUUGGGAGCCGACUCCCAGCCCCCAGCCACGCCGCUUUGGCUCUGGCCUGUUGUGAGGAUUCCCUCCAGGGCGGCUUCUCACACGGUGGUCCGGGGCCUCCAGGAGCCCUGUGGUGCCAUAUGUGGUGGUUCCAUUUCUUCUCGAUCAAACUACGUGCUCAGGAAACAGACCGAGCAUCUCCUGGCAGGGGCAGCAGCAGACAAUGAAGUAAUUGUGUCAUAGCCUUUCUUGCAUCUGAAAAUAGUUCCAGUGGCCAGAUUGCUUUGGAUCAGAACCACAUUUAGCUUGGGGAAGGUAGGUCAGCAGGCACAUAAAGCGAGUGACGUCCAUUCCGUUUUCUCCUCGUACACCUCGCUGUGGAGACAGUGCUCUUGGAUCAAAGUUCACGUGCAGAUCAACAUCAUCCAGAUGCCUUGAUGCACCUUUUUACCCACGUGAUCUGUGCUGUGAAUUAACAUUUCUACCCUGAAAUUUUCACUAAUUAAGAAACUAAUCUUGAGCACGUUGUUUAGUCUCAUUCUCUGACUUCUUGGGCAUUUGAUGGCAAAGUAUUAUGAACCUUCUCGGUAUUUUCUAGCAGCCUGCACGCUCUGACUUUCUACUGUUGAUAUUCAGAAAAGCAGUUUUGUCCUGGACUUCAGCGAGCUUUGUAUUAAUACGGUAGGUAGUGUGGGUGUGAAAUCACACUGCUGCUGGAAUCAAGGUUGCUGAGCUGGAAGUGGGGCGAGGACGCGUUAGAUAGGAGCCUUCAGCCCUGUCACAGUCUAGAGCCCGAGCCGGGGCGUCCGCAGGGCCAUCUCAGGCCAGUUGCUUUUUCCUGAAAUAGUACUAAGAACAGCCAAAAAUUGUAGCCUCAAGGAAACCAUGAAGUUUCGAGUGCCUUACUUUUUAACCAGUUUCCAAUAAAUGGUUUAAUACUUGCUUUGUUGAA